AUCGUUAUCGGCUGCUGCUGGGGUAUCCCGCCGUCAGCUCCUUGGUCGAUGGUUGACGGUGCUGGCUCCUGGUCGAUAGGCAGGGCUGCCCAUGCCGCCGUGAGACUCCGAGAAGGGGGUUGGUCGGACGGAUGGCCUGCGUUGGUGGUGGCGUGUGGUGGGUCGAGCAGCAGCGGGGCGGCUGUCUUGGUCGGGCACCAGGUCGGGGUAUUGCGUGCGGAGUUCUGCCGCUGUCGCAGGUGUCAGCAGCGCGGCCGGCCUCGACCAGUGAUAGCCACCACCAUCACUACCGCCAGAUGGCUGCUCGCCGCCCCCCAUGUGGCCUGCCCUGUCUUCUGUCUGCACCGCUGCGUCGCGUGUCUCGACCGUGGCUGUGGCUGCGGCUUUGCCGAAAGGGAUGCCGGUCCUCUUGCAGACGUCGUGGCCGUAGGUGUCCAGCAGAAAGCGGCGCGUCGUGCUGCGAUCGUAGCAGCAGCCGCAGCUGGCCGGGCACUUAAAGUAAUGGACCCCAUUUGGCCUGCCGUACUCCACCAU